GCCGGCAGCGGGGCCGGGGUGGGAGCGGCUGCUCGCCCGCCCGGCCUGGGACCUUCGGAACGGCGCGGGAUGCGCAGAUACCAGUUGGUAAGAUAGGAGAGGGAGCAUUUUCUGAUGUCCUGCAGACACUGAGUCUUAGGAAUGGAAAGUACUAUGCAUGUAAACACAUGAAGCAACAUUUUGAAAGGGUUCAUGAGGCAGUAAUCCGGUCUGGCCUAGCACUCUCUUCACCCUAUGGCAGUUUUCUUGGAUCUAAUGAGCUGGACCAAAUUUCAAAAAUCCACAACAUUAUAGGCACUCUUGGUAAAACAACUCUCAAGAAGUUCAAGCACAAACUUUCAGAAUCUCAGAGCAAGAACGGAAAUAUAUCCCACCCUGGCAAGAAUUCUUGUAAAAUAAGGCUACAGCACUUAAACAAGGCUCUGCAGGGAAACCUGUACUGCUGCUACUUGUCCUAGGUGUGCCAGAGGAAGAGCAGAUUUCUCUUACUAGGACUGAACAAAUCCAUAAGCUGAGUUUUAGUGGAGGAAGUGCUCUGCACCAGUAGAGUGAGAACAUCAAAACAAAGGGAGAAUUAAACAGCAGAACACAGUGGUACAGGUGGAUCUUACACAGUGUGGCACAUACAGAGCUUCAAGGAUAUUUAUUUCAUAACAAGUUCUUUGCUGUUAAACCUCUGGCAACAAUUUACACUUCUCUGGCAGUUGGAUGAAUAAGCAAACCUGAGUUUCCCACCUGCUUUAUAGUUAUAAUACAUCAAACUUUAAACUGCAAAUUGGCAAGUAUUGUUCCUACCCUCAUUCUCUCAGCUAAAAUUCCACAUUGAGAUUAUUUGUGUUCCACUCACUGUUAUUUUUUUAAUGUAGUAGGAAAAAGUUUAUUAAGAGCUGUAUCUACAGCAGAACUCUAAGUUCUUUCCAGGUAAGUUAUUAGUAUCCUAUUUGUUCCUAUAAGAUUUGUUUUCCCUAUGGUAUAGAGUGUGGCACGAGCAGUUCAAACUUCUAGAUGAUUGCCCAAAUAGUAAAGAAGAGGCUGAAAAAAAGAAAACCCACACAAUAUUCCUUGUAUGCUGCUGAACUAGGAUUUGUGGCAGGGACAACAUGGAUACGAGUAGCUGCUGUUGUUACCCUGAUACUGCAGUUCUUUCAUACUGGUUUUGUAUUUUUCCAGCUGAAGGAAAAAAGUCUUUUAAAGUUACUGCAUAUUUUUUCAACUGUUUCAUUUUGACUCAGACCGUAUGAAGCGCAUACAUAAAAGAAGUCUACAGAGAGAUAACUACACUAGUUUUCAGUGACAAGGUUUAUCUGUAUUUUAACAGUUAAACCCACUAUGUUAAUAAAACAAGACUUCUGAACAAUAA